CAGUUAAAACGGUUGGAUUUUGGCCAUCGAGGGGGACAAUGCGCGAGACAGAGAGAGGCUGGCAGCAGGCAUCAGCUCUGGGAAUGUCCUCCUUGUUUAUUGUGAUGGAAACUAUAGUUUAUAAAGUAUAUACACAUACACCAACACGAUAGGUUGGAAGCUGCGGUUUGUAUCUGGGUCAGCUGCAGUAAAAGUUACCUGAAAGCAGAAACCCCAACAUUGCUGAUUGAGAAACAGUUGGAUUAAAUUGGACUGCAAGAACAAUACAGCCGCAGAACAGGCCUUUCCGCCCUCGAUGUUGCGCCGACCUGUGAACUAUUCCUCAGCUUGUCCCCCUACACUACCCCAUUAUCAAGUGCUUUUCCAAGGAUUAUUUAAACCUUCCUAAUGUGGCUGAGUUAACUACAUUGGCAGGUGUUGUGGAUGCCAGAGGGACACAUUAAGAGAUCAGAAAGAAAAACAAAAUUUCACAGCGAAAGUUAAUACUUGUUUCUCUAACAUUGCGCUCUAAAUGUGCAAAUUGUGAGGAACUGCUGUGACUGUAUUUGAAGUAAUGAAUUCUCAAGAACCCCAUCAAGCAAGGAGCCAGGAUACCCAUCCCAUCACAGAGGAAGAUUCUGUUGAAAGUAAUGAAAUUGCUUUUCUAGUGGGGGAAGAUGGACAACUGCAUUCCCUUCAAGAUGAGAGCCAUAAGGAUUGGAAUCCUGAGAACAGACUCAUACAGAAAAAUGGGAUCCAAAGUCCUAGAAAUGGCUUGGCUAAGGAGUCUUAUCUACCACACCCAGCCAACAUGCAAAAUGUAGAAUGUCACAUCUUUACACCAACCAACUCAUGUCAGCAGCAUUAUCAGAAUAAUGUUUUGCAGAAGAACUCAGAAAAUGUGAAUGGAGACAAUCGGGAUUGGGGAUGUACUGCAGUUAACCAAAAGAUUAAAGAAUCUGGACCAGUCCUGUGGUCAGGUAGUUCUGAAUUGCCUACUGUUUACCAAUUCACUGCUUUACAGGAUUCCCCAAUAGUGGACAGUCAAAUUCAAAACCAUCAUUCAGAUGACAUGGUUUGUAACAUUUGUGGUAAAAGGUACAAGUACAUGUCUAGUUUCUGGAAGCAUAGAAGAGAUCAUGAAACAAAAGGAGAACUUGUCACCGCUUUCAGCUCUAGACCUGAUGCUGCUAGUAAAAGUAUCGGAGUUUUAGAUAGAUUUAGAAGAUUAUGUCCUCAAAGGGAAAUUAAUCCAGAGUCAGGAUUCAAGCCAAUUAUGAUGAAGAUGGAAAAAGCUAAUCCUGCCAAUUUUCAUCAUUUGCCACAGUUUGAUUUCUGCUCAUACAGAAAUUGGCCUCUUUCAGAUUCAUGGCAAGAGAAAUUUCACAACAAAGGAUGCAGUUCUGUGGCCAUCAGGCCAUCAGUUAUAAAGACAGAGGAAGCUAUUCCCUAUUGUAUAAUGGGAAAAGUAAGUCCUCCAUCAAAUUUCAACAUUACCUCAAGUGAUCACCUCCCUGCAUUCCAACCAAGGCCUCUUCCAGAUUACUUUUUUUCAUGUGAUUUUUGUGGGAAGAAGUACAAAUACAAGUCCAGUUUCUGGAAGCACAUUGAAGACCAUAAAAACUAUGUUGUUGAUAGUACUGUUUCAGAUCAAGGCUGGAAUCAAAUAACUGGAUCACAGCUGACUGAGAAACAAGCUGAUAAUACUGAACAAUUGGUUAGAAAAGUUAUAAUUGAUGACCAACAUUAUAAUUCGCUGCCUAUAAGAGAUGACAAACAGCAAGUGCAGACUGCCAACAAACAAUGUCAUCUUGAUUUUGACCACAAGCACAGGCUUCACAACGAUCCCAUUCGUGAAUCAGACUUAUCCAUAGGUCAGUUCAAUAAUAUCUGUCAAUUGUGUGGAGUAAUCUUUUCACGAAAGAGUGGCUUGGCAGACCAUAUUCAGUUUGUACAUCAGAGGUGUAGGCCCCAUGUAUGCAUACUGUGUGAUCAAAAGUUUCGACGACCAUCAGAACUCAAGAGACAUGUUGAACAGCACCAUGACAAUUGCUUAGCUGAUGUCCAAAUUAGCAAUGUUAAAUCUGUGAAAAGCAUGUGCGUUGUUGAAAAUGGGCUGUUAAAAUCACCAGAUGAAGUGAAAUUUGUCAAAGAUGCUAUCAAUCAGGUUAAAACUGGCAGAAGUAGGACUGUGAGAAACAAAAAGACAAUCAAAAGACCUAAGAGAGUGCACAGAUGCAGCCUUUGUGGGAACAAGUACUUGUAUUAUUCUAUUCUUUGGAAACACAGGCUUAUGCAUGGAGGGAAAAAGAAACAUUUCUGUCUACUGUGUGGAUCAGGCUUUUUCAGGUCAAAGGAUUUGGACAUUCACUUCAAGUCAAUACAUCUUCAGGCCUUUAAGUUCAAGUGUCCACACUGUGAAAAAGGUUUCAAUCGACCUAUUGAUGCUCAAAAGCACAUCAUUAUUAGGCAUACAGAUUUGAAGAACUUUAUUUGUCGAAUUUGUAACAGAAACACAGAGACAGCUUCUGCACUGCAGAAUCACAUCAAAAAGUACCACUCCCCAAAAGUCCCCUGCACUCACUGUGAUUUUCUCUCGGGUAACAAAUUGCAAUUUUAAAGACACAUGGAAAAACACUGAAAUAAUGUGACACAGAGUAAGUAUUCUAAGAAAUGUGAAUCUUGUGUAAAUCACUGGCUUACUUGAAGCAUUCUGUCACAAUGACUUUGCUAGACACAUGCUGCUAGGAAAAUAAAAAUUAUGUUUCA